AAAAUAUACAGAAAUAUGUUUAUAACUGCGAAACGUUUGAGACAACACAAAUUUCUUAUAAUUAUUACAAUUUAUUGUUAUCUAUUGGAAAAAUCAAUAUUAAAGUGCAAUUGUGUUCAUGGUUAUAGAAACGGCACCGAUAGUUCAGAAACCGUACAACAUUAUGAAUUAAGUCUAUCACUACCGGAUAUACUACCGAUACCAUCAAAAUCAUAUGAUAAAAAUCGAGCGCCAAAAUUACUCGGUCAACCAACGGUGGUGUAUUUUCAUGUAACGGUAUUAUCCUUAGAUUCAAUUGAUGAAGAAUCGAUGACCUAUGUUACUGAUAUAUUUUUAGCACAAAGUUGGCGUGAUCCACGCUUACGUUUACCUGAGAAUAUGAGUGAAGAAUAUCGAAUAUUAGAUGUUGAUUGGCUGCACAGUAUAUGGCGGCCAGAUUGUUUUUUCAAAAAUGCUAAAAAAGUUACGUUUCACGAGAUGAGCAUACCGAAUCAUUAUUUGUGGUUAUACAAUGAUAAAACGCUGCUCUAUAUGUCAAAAUUAACUUUGGUGCUGUCAUGUGCCAUGAAAUUUGAAUCAUAUCCCCAUGAUACUCAAGUGUGUUCCAUGAUGAUAGAAAGCUUAUCCCAUACCGUUAACGAUUUGGUAUUUAUAUGGAAUAUGACAGAUCCGUUGGUUGUCAGUAAUGAAAUCGAAUUACCACAAUUAGAUAUAUCAAAUAAUUUUACAACCGAUUGUACUAUAGAAUAUUCAACAGGUAAUUUCACCUGCCUAGCCAUUGUUUUCAAUUUACGCCGCCGCUUGGGCUAUCAUCUACUCCAUACCUAUAUACCAUCGGCAUUGAUUGUGGUCAUGUCUUGGAUAUCAUUUUGGAUUAAACCCGAAGCAAUACCGGCCCGUGUAACGCUCGGUGUAACAUCGCUCUUAACGCUGGCCACACAAAAUACACAAUCGCAACAAUUACUGCCACCUGUCUCGUAUGUCAAAGCCAUUGACGUAUGGAUGUCUUCAUGUUCGGUAUUUGUAUUUCUAUCGCUAAUGGAAUUUGCAAUCGUAAAUAAUUAUAUGGGUCCAGUGGCGACAAAGGCCAUGAAAGGAUAUUCAGAUGAGAAUAUAACAGAUUUUGAUGAUAUAAAGAAUCCACAUCGUGCCUCAAUUAUCGAACCACAAUAUGAUACAUUUUGUCAAGGACAUGCCACGGCGCUGUUUAUCGAUAAAUUUUCACGUUUCUUUUUUCCAUUUUCAUUUCUAAUAUUGAAUAUUGUCUAUUGGACAACGUUUCUGUAAUA